GUGGGAAAGGAAUGUACCUCCGUCCCGCCAUGGCGCUAUCAGCGCCGACGUGUUCCGGUUGCUCAAUCGCGGCUGUUCGACGGAUAAAUGGCCUUUUCCGGGCUAUUUUAUCCUUCCCUGUUAGGCAAUAUUGUUUCCAGAGUGACCACUACUACAGUAAGAAGUCUCUGAAGUACUGGGAUGACUUCUACAAGCGCCACCAAAACAAGUUUUUCAAGGACAGGCAUUACUUGGAGAAGGAUUGGGGAAGGCAUUUUUGUAAUGAAGAUGCUGAUGGUAAAGGAAAGGUUGUUUUAGAGGUAGGUUGUGGAGCUGGGAAUUCAAUUUUUCCCCUUGUUGCUGCAUUUCCCAGGCUCUUUGUUCAUGCUUGUGAUUUUUCACCUCAAGCAGUAGGACUUGUUAAGUCCCAUGAAAAUUUUGAUGCUGAGAGGAUACAUGUCUUUGUCUGUGAUGCUGCUAAGGAUGAUCUCAGUUCUGAAAUCACAUCCUCAACUGUUGAUGUUGUUACCCUGAUCUUUAUGUUGUCUGCAGUUUCUCCAAAUAAGAUGCCUUCAAUUUUACAGAACUGUAAAAAAGUACUAAAGCCAAACGGUCACAUUCUUUUUCGAGAUUAUGCACUUGGAGAUUCUACUCAAGUGAAAUUGCAUAAGAGAAACCAGAUGAUUAGUCAGAAUUUUUAUUUUCGAGGAGAUGGCACUUGCUCAUUCUAUUUCUCCGAGGAAUUAUUGUCAACAUUAUUUGUACAAGCCGGAUUUGAUGUUGUAGAUGUCAACACAUACUGUAUGGAAAUAGAGAAUCGUUAUUGGAAUAUUACCAUGCCAAGGCGGUGGCUACGGGCUGUUUUCAGGAAGUCCUAAGUUUUGGAUGCUUGCCCCAUUUGCAUUUUUUUGUAUUCAGAGAAGAAUUCUCAAUGAUCUAAGUCAACUUGCCCUUCAGAUAUUCGUUUAUUCAUUUCAGCCGAUGUGACUACUAUAUGUCAGACACUGACUAUGAUUAAUUGACAUUCAUGAGGUACGUGGACUGCUUGGUGCAUUGUGGUAUAAACCAAGAUUAAAGGGAAUGAUAUGUUUUGUGUAAUUGCUGAGUCUGCAAAGCUGGAAAUUUAUGUUUCACAUGCUAGUCAUGGUGGGUUAGCUUAUAUGCAGUUUUUUAGCAGGGUUUAGAAAAACAUGAUUUUCUUAGGAUGAACCCUCUUUUGUAAAAUUAUACAUGUGUAAUGACAUUGGCUGGAAUUAGCAUUGGUAUCAAAACCCAAAUGAAAUUUUGUCAUAAUGAUUA